UGUUGUAUAUAGUUUGUUUUUUAUGAUAAAUAAAGUUUAUUUUGGAACAAAAAAAAAUAAAUUGUAUUGUGAAAGGUGCAAAUACUGUGUUUCAUCUUUCGGUUUUUUUAUUAAUCAUAGAACGAUACAGGCUCUUCGGCCCACAACCGACCUUUAAACCUCGCCUAAUACUAUCUAACGCCUUCCUCCCACACAUCCCUGUGGAGAUGUUUGGGGGAAGUAAGUCGGAGCUGCGGUGAAAUGGAGGCAGAGCCUGGAGCGCGUCACCGCCAGACCCGUCCAAUGAUCGAGUGCACACGCACACAGCAAGCAAAACCGAGAGCGGCGAAUGGUUUCCGGCAUCCGCAGCCGUUUGUGCCUCUCUGCAGCUACUCCGUUUUCAAUGUCGGCUCCGGUGUAAAGCGGCUUUCCGGGGAGCAGGGGGAAUCACGUAACCGGCCGGGAGGAUGUUCCGUCAUCUCCGCAGGGAAGGAUUUUUCAUUUGAAGAACUGGAUACAAUUUCAUACAAAUUUGUUGUAUUUUAUAAAGUAUUACUACUUUACGCAUAGGGAAAGGACCGUGAAACAGACAUUUAAUCUUCAUAAAGAACUGAUACCCAGGGCAUAGGAGAGGAGCCGUGAGAAAACAUCGAGCCCUAGGAAAAUGUCAAAGAAACCCGAGAGGAGGGAAUCUUUGUGAGUAGGAGGCAGUAAAUAUACUAAAGGAUGUGUCCAUUUCCAAUGGAGACUGAGAAGUGGAAACCACUGCCUGUUAUCCUAAAAAUCUCACUGUUAACAGCAUUGCUCAUCAUUGGAUGGACAUCUGUUGAUCGUGAACAUGUGUUCCCUUUCUCAGCAAAUCUCAAGAAUCAUGUCUGGGACAGGAGGUUGCAUGGAUUGGAAUCCAUCGAUAACCUAAUAAUGCUUAAAAGAAGAAAUAGGGAUCAGCAGACGAUCCAAAUUUCAGCUGGUGUGGAAAAGCUAGAGGUGGUAGCCCCAACUCCACAUGUUUUGCUCUUAAUCAUCUUGAUUGUUACCUAUAUAAUACGUCAAGAAAAUUGUGAAGCAUGGUCAUUAUCAGGUACAAGAGAUGACAAGUUCAAAAAGAUUUUUUUCCUUCUUCUACUGGUUUUUCAACUUCCAAUGAUAACUGCUUGUGAUCCAGGGGAGUAUGACUAUAAUGGUGUCUGUUGUUCAUUGUGUUCUGCAGGCAGUUUUGUAUCUAGACACUGCACUGUUCUGACGGGCACAACAUGUAAUCCAUGUACAGCUGGAGAAUAUAUUGAACAUCCCAAUGGACUAGAGAAAUGUUUUAAGUGUAAAACCUGUGAUCAAGAGCUGGGACUUCAGAUUAAACAAGAAUGUACUUACGUUCGCAAUACGAUAUGUGAGCCCAGGGAAGGAUAUUAUUGCAUUGACAACUGUCAGUUGGCCAGAAAGCACACAACAUGCCCACCUGGUCAAGGAGUUAAAGAGAAAGGAACACAUUUGAAAGAUACAGUGUGUGGGGAGUGUCCUGAUGGAACAUUUUCAAGCAGUGAUUCUUCAACAGAAGAGUGUAAGGAAUGGACAGUAUGUGAAAAGCUCAACCUUAAACAGGUUGAACCAGGGAGCACUGAAGCUGAUGUGAAGUGUGGAAAAGUGCACAACCCAGCAAUUGUAGCUUCUGCCGUCUCUGUUUCUUUGAUUGGAAUUGUUGUGAUUGCCACCGUGACAGGUUAUUUUUCUUGGAAACACAGACACAAAACACGUGAGCAAAAUGGAGCAGUGAAUCAGGUUGGCACUGCAGAAGAACAAAGUACCAUGAUCUGAAAUGGGGAAGAGUCUCAUGCAAGGUAACCAAGAAUACCCUGAAAUGCAGCCUUCAAGCCACCUCAAAUCUUUUCAUCCAAUGUUGAAAAGUUCAGACUUUGCCAUUCUGUCAUUGAACGUGGCCCAGAUCUUCCAUCUGGUAUCUUCAAAUAAUCAUCCUUCAGAUAACCAGCAACGAAACACUAAAGAACUCGUAUGAAAGGAGAAAAUUGAUUUUGCGAGAAAACUUGUACAGAUUUUUAUAGAAGAAUUUUUAAAUAAAUUUUUAAAAGGAAGAAGGUGACUAAGAUAAGUUGGGACCUCUGGAGAUUGAGGCUGGCAAAUUAAUUUCAGGAAAGCUGAGACCAACCAACAAGUGAUGGGAGGCAGUGAGAGCUCCUGUACAAUCUCCACUUCACCUCAACUUUGCCAACUGGACCAACUUGCCUUUUGAAAGGCCACAGCUUGCACAUUUUCAUGUAUAGUUAAGAAAUUUAACAUUGAGAUUUAACAAUGUAUAUGUGUACAUGUAUAGACCAGGCAGCAUCCGUGGAGAAAAGCAGGCGGUCAAUGUUUCGGGUCAGGACCCUUCGUCAGGACUGAAGGUAGGAAAAGGGGA